AUGAAGAUCGACACGAAGAAAUGCAAGUUGCUGGAAGGAGCUCCUUCAACGUACGUUCGCGAGAAUCCGUUCUUCGACUACCGCGACAACGACCCAGAGCCGUCGGAAAAUAAAGGUCGUCAAACACGCUUCGAGCUCACCAGUGUUGUAUCUCCCGUCAAACGAAGUCGUCGAGUCGAGUGCCUGGAUUCCACGGAGCCUGUUACGGAGACUCGCAGUAUUUGUAUGGAUGACCUCAUGGGUCGCCUGGCCCACCUGUCGCUCCAAUCCGUUACUGGGUCGACCACGUCCACCAACAUCGCAAUCGAGCGCCAGCAAGCGGCGGGAAUCUCCCCCUUAUACGAAUUUAAUGAACAAAAUUCGCUGGGCUGCAUUUCUUUGACCAUUCCAAGUUCCAAAAUCGAGCACAAGAUGGUCAAGGUUCGUCGAUCCGCGCGCAUCGCGAACGCCGCCCGUUCGUAG